GCCGGUGCCGUCGACAGUCGACCCCGUGUGGCUGUCCGUGAACGUCGGUUAGGUUAGCCCCAGCUACGUCACAACGGCAGGAUGCUGCGCGGAUUGUCUCGCGUCAAGGAACUGCAAAACGAGUUGGCCCACGCCCGGACCAUCAUUGAAGACUUGACGACCGAGAACCGGAUCCUGAAAGUGAUAGAGAGACGGCAUGAACACGCGCUAACCAAGUACGAGAGCUCGCACGCCGAGCUGCCGAUGGUGAUCAGGUCAUGCAGCGAGGAGCUGCAGUCCAUACAGACCCGAUUGCGACGCUCCAAGUUGGCGUUCAGGCAGCUGGAGGACAGGUACCGAGCCCAGACCGGAAAGCUGCUGACUGUGCAGAAGAAGCACAAACACCUGUUAGACUUGACCAAGAACAAACAGCUGGGCGAGAGGGAGAAACUUUCCGCUCAACUGGAAGAGGCGGAAAACAGGAUCAAACAGCAGGAGAAAAAGAUCCAGAACUUAAUUAGAAAAAUGGAGUUGGAAAAAAAGAACUACCAGCACCAGUUGAACGUAGAAAGCGCCAAGACCAAAGCGCUGCAGAUGGAGUUGAGCAUCGCGAAGGAGCUGAACGAACGGCUAGAGUCGAUGGCCGAUAAGCUCAAGUUCCAGAGCUACGUUGGCAAGAAGAGCUACGUGAGACAGAUUCCGGUGAACGCGUCCGGGCCGAAGACACAGUUCAAAAACUCUUUGUCGGGCGGCGAUCGCGCACCGUUAUUGAACGGCCUCUGCGGCAUGUUGACCAAGCCGGCGCUAGUGCAUGGCGAGUCUGACCUCAGCGAUCACACGAAGGACUUGCAGAAGAAUCUGAUGAGGCAAGUGCACGAGGACGUCGUCAACAAGCCAAAAAUGUUGGUGGCCAAAAAGAACAACUCGUCCGAGUCCUCGUGCGCCACGUCGCGUUUGAGCUACGGUAUAUCCGAACUGAUCAAGAAAAGCGAACCGUCGGACGCGUGGUCUGACGAUAGCAUCGGCGGUACGCGGGACGGACGCGUGCCAGCGGCCAAUCCUUUCUCGCUGUCCGAUAAGUACGGGCUGAUGGGCAAAAGUCGGCGGUUAGCCGUCAACAAACCGGUCGCCGGCUCUUACCGCGGCCCCACGACGACGACGGGUGCCGUCGGCCGACGGUCGGUUUGCGGUCGCGGCCGACGCGCCAACCGCAGCGAAGACGGUGACGACGACGACAACGACAACAGUGGCGGUGGCAACGACAACGACAACGUAACCGUGAGCGACGCCGUCACGUUUUCCGGGACUGACGAUUGACGCGAUGCGGCGGCACGUGCCCACCACCUCUGACCUCUGAAUUAAUCUGUGUUUAAUAAAUAUAAAUGUUAAUAUUCAUCAAAUAUCAAUACUAAUAUAUUUUUAAUCUAUAUGAAAUAGAUAUUGUUGAUAACGUUUCGAAGGGAUUUCGUUUCGAGGGUAGACUGGGUAGUGACGAGCUUCGGCGGCUCGCGCGCCAGGGAAAAUUUGUCUCGUACGGCUUCUCAAACACAUUUCGCGGUCGACGUGCGCACGGAACGAAUUCACUUCGUUAUUAUUUUUCCUUUUUUUUAUUAAUCUUCCGUUUAGUCCACACAGCUCAUUUUAGUCGGUCCGACUAUUAUGUCGUCCGACGAUCUAGUCGCGUUGCGCCGCCGGUGCUUAUUGAUCGAAGGAAAAAGCUGAAUGAAAAAUAUCUGUGACCCGUGUUGGCCGGAUACUUAAAGCGACCCGGGUGCCUUAUU